AUGCUUUAUUUAGAAAUCCAAGACAAAGACGAAGAAAUCCAGCAGCUUGACUUGCAGCUAAAUCAAUUAAAAUUAGAAAAUGACAAUUUAUAUGAGCCGUUUAAUUAUGAAGCUUUGUCAUUUCCAGCUGAGCCGCCUGAGCCUUCUUAUUCCCCUGUAGUAGAUAUUCACCCACAGUCUACUGACCGUCUGGUUUCUGAUGUUGGGAGCACAGGCGCAUGGAAUUCUUACCAAAAGUCACUGGAAGAGUCAAAAGAAACCCAUUAUGCUUCCCCAGACCCUUUUGAAAACUUAUUCCAUCAGUCUACAGGUGAGACUUCUCAUCAUUAUAAAGAAGAGCCUGCGACCCCUCCGUUAGAAUAUAUGGAAUCCCAAGAAGAGCCUAGAGAAGACAAGACCCCGCCAGCGUCUCAGCGGUCUUUUGAAAUAUACCAAGAAGUCGAAGAAAGCAAAGAAACUAGCACUCCAAAAAGAGAAGAUGCCAGCAGUGGAAGACCUAGCAGAAAUUCAACACCCCCAAGAAUCAGCUAUGAAAGAAAUAUGUCCCCAGCCCCACAGGUUUUAAAUUAA